AUGACUGAUUUGGGGCAGCUUCAAUACUUUCUUGGUUUGGAAGUAAGUCAAACUCAGGAUGGUGGUUUUAUUUCACAAGAAAAAUAUGCUCAGAGUUUACUGAUCAAGUUUGGUAUGAAAGACUGCAAUGGUGAAGAUGUUCCUAUGAGUUCUUAUGACAAGUAUCAGGCAGAUGAUGGUGAAGACAAGGUUGAUGAGACAAAAUAUCGAAGCUUAGUUGGAGGCUUAAUCUAUCUUACUCACACACGGCCAGAUCUUGCUUAUGCAGUUGGAGUUUUAUCCAGAUUCAUGCAGUCUCCAUCCAAGAUCCAUGUUGGUGCAGCUAGAAAAAUUCUAAGAUAUGUUGCUUCUACGUCUGAGUAUGGUAUUUGGUACAAAAAGAAUGAUAAACUCAAGCUUGUUGGAUAUUCAGACAGUGAUUGGGCAGCUUGUGUUGAUGAUAGGAAAAGUGUUGGUGCCUAUGUUUUUGCUGUUGGUAGUGGAGUUGUUUCGUGGAGUUCAAAGAAACAAAAUACAGUUGCUCUCUCUAGUACUGAAGCUGAGUAUAUCUCAGCUACUAGUGCAACGUGUCAAGGCAUUUGGAUCAGAAGAAUUUUAGAAGAUUUGGGGCACGUUUAG